AUGGGCCAUACUUCCGACUCGGAACCUGCAAAACGAAAGCGUGAUGUCGAUGAUGCCGGUGGUCAAGGUCGCGCUCAGCACGCACCUACAUCUCUUCAGCAAGGCGUUCCCGGUUAUAUCCACUAUCUCCCGAGAUCAAAUGCAUCGCAUUUGAGCCUCGUACAGGGUGACGCAGACACAUUUGCCGACAUCAUCGGUCUGAUUGGCGAAUAUGAGAACGUGCUGGACAGGCAUGAGAGUCUUGCAGCAAGUCUUGGGGCUAAACUUACCGGUCCAAGACUGUUGAGAGGCAUUGAGAAGUUUUUUGAUGGGCCAAUCAAGACGACACCACUUCAGCCCUUCUCCAACCCUAUAAGUUGGCUGGAUGUUGUCAGUUUUGCUAGAUCAAACCCAAAGGAUUUCACCCUCGUUCAAAAGGCGGAUGGCACCCGAUGCUGCCAAUUUGUUCUCAAAGGCUCACAGGUGGAGAUUAUGGAGGACGAUUGGCGGUUGGUAUGGUCUGGCGCUUUGGAUCGGUUCCCUCUGGAUCACCCCCUCGAAGAGGAUGAGACUGCAGAACUGGCGACAUUGGAUAUUCUCGAACAAAGAACAUCAAUUCUGUACAAGAAGGCUGACGAAGUGGCGGCAAGAGCUCGUAUACUCAACCAUCGACUGGGGCAGAGGAAGCAGGAUAUUCGUCGACGCAGGAGCACACAGGACACACCGCCGUCACGAUAUCAGCCCACUAACAGCACCGGCAGUAGCGGUUCACAGCGAACGACCAACUUCAGCGCCGGCUAUGAUUUACAUGCAGAUUUGCUGCAGCAGUUUCUCGCAGCUUCAGCUUCACCACCACCAUCUCGGUCAACUUCAGUUACGGGAAUUCCUAUAACCACUUUGAGUCAGCAAUCUCCUUCGCACAGCGUAACACACUCUCAAGCACACGGUCCGAGAUACAGUGGCCAUGCAACAGAGGCAACAGUGCAGCCUGUGAUGGACAGCCGCGAGGCAGCUUUCCGGUCUCUUAUUACACAAAGAACUGACCAGCUGGGUAAGGGGGAUGUUAUCAACCCACCGUGCGAUCGCUGUCGGCGACUAAGGGUUGAAUGCGUCAAACAUUUGACAGCAUGCUCAGGAUGUACCAAAAAGCAUGCAAAAUGCAGUUGGAAAACAGUCACAGAUGAUGAGUUCCGACAACUCAAGCGAGACAUGGGUCUCAGGGAUGAAAUGGAUGUUGAUGGGCAGUCAGAUAGUGGACGAGUUCCUGACACAUUAGACCCCAAAGACGGGCAUUCAAGUCGACUUGGAGAGAGGCAAGAAGCAGGCAGAACGUCCGGGGAUAGAACACCUGGAACAUACGGUACCGAUGAAGGUUCGAGGCCUCCUAGUCGGGACAACGGGCAUCUUCCUAGUACAAUGGAACCAUCGACUGCAUCGAUGCACCGAUUCGAUCUGAGUGCAGAACGACAUCGGCUCCCUUUUGGAAUGGGGCAGUCAGCUAGGUCAGAUCACAGCAACCAUUCGGUUGAAACACUAGCACCUGGAUCAAACGCCACGGGAUUGGCGAGUUCGCUGGCAACACCUUCGAACAGUACGUAUAGGGGUAGUGAUGGUUCGUUGAAUCCUUCAGCCAGCUGA